AUGACCCGUAAGUCUUGUCGCAUUCGUACUCCUACCCCAAAGGCUAAGGAAGUCACCAUGGAUAGCACUAACAAAGCAGCUCAUACUGAUGCCGUUUCCCGGAAACGAAAGUCGGAACCGCUCCACGAGCUGCUGUUCCAGAACCAACAGACUCCGGCAAAGAAGUCAAAGUCUAUGACCAAUCUUGCCGUUGAGGAUGAUAAGAUUGACCCUGUUGAGAAGCUCUUAUGCUUGACCAAUCUCAAUAAUGACAUCUUGUUCGAUUUGGAAACGGAUGAGUCCGGUUCUGAACCUAACUCUCCAAGGUCUCUCACAGCAUCGUCAUCAUCUGUUUCUACAGAUGCCUCUGCAUCCUCUGAGUUUGAAGACUCCCCCUUGCAUUCUCCAUACCCCAACAUGGAGUUGGACUUCUCAAAGGUGAUCAAAGACAAUUUGCGCUCAUACUACUUAUCCGCAUACAAGAGCCCAAUUGAGAUUCACAAUGACAACUCAAGCUUCUCCAUUCUUAAUAAGAAGUCCAACCAGCAUGCAAGUGGCGCUGACGCUUCCUUGCCAUCUCAAACCACAAAGGGCAGAGAAGUGCCAUUCUUUAAGAAUGUCAACUUCAACAAGCCGAAAUUCGGCAAUUCCAUUGAGGACUACUUGUUCUACGACGAUGACGAAUCCGCAAACUCUCCGACAGACCUGGAGCAGGAGGAGAUGCCUCUGAGCACCACCUUCAUGCCACAGCUUCCAAACGUCUCGUUCCAUUACAGGCGCGAUGACAAGUUGAACUUGUCGUUGAGUGACCAAAACCCAUGGGCUGAGCCUCAGGAUAUUUCCAAAAUUUUGAACCUGAACUCGGUCAUGACCGGUAAGUCCAGCGAAAUGGUUGGCACUUCCAGACUAUUGAUUAACGACUUUUUCUUGUAA